GUAGAUCCUAUCACACUAGAACUUUGGGACUAUCUGGCGAAAAACCCGACUGCUAAGCAGAAGCGCGGAGCCGGGCUGGCCCGGAUCCAGGAGCUAAUAAUUAAAGGAGAAGCACGGGGCGUCGCGAAAUACAGCCGUCGCCAUGUCGAGAAAACCGGAUGGGAUCUUAACGAACACCUCGCAUACUUCGUCCAUAAUGUGAGAUCGGAAAACACGCACAGACGGGGGGGAGUGUUCUUUCAGAAGAACCUCCCUGAGAACAUCAUGGACACGGCAAUAUGGACUUUGAAGAACAUUCUCAUACAGAUGCAUAGCCCGUCGCAAAUAAAUAAGCCAAGUGGCGGAAAGGCGAUUUUCGGGGAGACCCUGCCAGAUGCAAAUGAUCUGCUCAUCCAACCAACAUUGGAGGAUUAUGAGAGGAUCUCGAUGCAUGAAAAGUGGCUAGACGCCCAGGAGUACCAAUUCGAUAAUCACGAGGAGGCCUGCAGGAACCUGGGUAUUGUUGAUAAGGCGAACCCCCGAAUAAAGGGCAUGCAGCGCGGGCAAGAGCUGAAAUUUUGGCAGCCGGUCUGCAUCAAUCGUGUGGCUGAAAUCAUGAGACUCGAUUUGCUGCGUGGCGCCAUCAUUGCUGAUGUUGUCGGCGUUGGUAAGACUUGGGAGGCCGUUGCAUUCCUCUUGCAUGUGACUGAGCAAGACAAGACAGAGCCUCCAGAGGGCCGUCCUGUGAUUAUUAUUGUCCCACCCCAUCUCAUCGACCAGUGGAUGGACGAGAUAAUGUCGAUAACUGAGGAAUUUCAGGUGUUGCUCUACUAUGGUGAUGCCCGCCGCCAGGUGGGAAGCUAUAUCAAAGACAAGCUGACAAAAAAGCACGAGAUCUUCAAAGGCGGGCUCGAGAGUGCACGUACUAUUGUGGUAACCUCAUACCAGACAUGGGAGGCACGCCAUGGCCCCCAAGCAGUAAAAGCUUGGUGUGGCAGCAAGAAAAAGCCAUAUAACCCCGCCAAUCCGCACAUGCCCCCAGACUUCCCUGGCAAUCUAAAUGGACGCUUUGGAGUUGCUGUGUUUGAUGAAGCGCAUAUGCUUCGGAACAGGGAAUCGGGUAUCUCGUUUGCUUGCACAUGGCUACGUGCCGGGUUCCGCAUCCUGUUAACCGCCACACCCUUCUAUAAU